AUAUCCUGUGAGAUGUUGAAGGCAAAAUGCCCCUUGACUUCACAACGAGGUCGGCUAGACUGGGUAAAUCACUUCAGGCCAGGCGAUUAUCUCUUUGGGGGAAUCAUCACUGUCAAGAAAGGUCUAAAUCCACUUUAUACUUUCACCAAGAUUCCCUCCAGCCAACCUUUCCGCUGGAAUGAAAAGAUACCUGUCUGGUACCUCCUGUCCUUCUUGAUUGCCAUCCGUGACAUCAACCAGAAUCCCCUGAUCUUACCCAACAUCACUCUGGGCUACAACGUCCAUGACAAUCAUUUCUAUGCAGAGAUGAAUGCUGAAGCCUUGCUGGACCUACUUUCUGCAGGGGAGGCAAAUGUUCCAAACUACAAAUGCGGAAGACAAAAAAAACUGCUGGCUGUCCUUGAAGGGACCGAUUCUGACCUCUCCCGACAUAUUGCAACCAUGCUCCGCACCUACAAAAUCCCCCAGCUCCAUCCUUUCCUGCAAACCCCCCAGUUUUACAACCAUUCCAUGGAUGGGGUGUAUUUGGACAAUAACGGAGAGCUGGCAGCUGACUUGGAGAUGGAGAACUGGUUAUGGUUUCCCAACAAGUCUGUUGUCAGAGUGAAAUUUGGGAGCUCUCAUCCUUUCCUGCAAACCCCCCAGUUUUACAACCAUUCCAUGGAUGGGGUGUAUUUGGACAAUAACGGAGAGCUGGCAGCUGACUUGGAGAUGGUGAACUGGUUAUGGUUUCCCAACAAGUCUGUUGUCAGAGUGAAAUUUGGGAGCUCUGCAAGACAGAAAUCUCAGGAACCCAAGUUUGUCAUCAACCAGGAUGCUGCUAUCUGGCCCCAAAGGUUUAGCAAGAGUCUACCUCCCUCCAGGUGUGUGGAAAGUUGUCAGUCUGGAUUUUUCAAGGUGGGUCAGGAAGGGGAGCCCAUCUGCUGCUACGACUGUGUUUUCUGUGCAGAGGGGACCUUCUCCUCUCAGGAAGAUGCAGAUCAUUGCACCAAAUGUCCAGAAGACCAGCAUCAAAAUAAGGAGCGAGAUAAAUGUGUCCUGAAGGAAGUAAGCUUUCUGGCCUACAAUGAAUAUCUGGGGACCAUCUUGGCUUCCCUUGCCCUUUCCUUGUCCUUACCUACUCUAUUUGUACUAGCAAUCUUCAUUAAAUUCCAAGAAACACCUAUUGUCAAAGCCAACAACCGGGACCUCUCUUACAUCCUCCUUGUCUCACUCCUGCUUUCCCUCUUGACUACCUUCCUCUUCAUUGGCCGGCCAAGGAGAGCCACUUGCCUUCUCCGACAGACAGCCUUCAGCAUCUUCUUCUCGAUUGCCGUCUCUUCUGUCUUGGCCAAAACAGUCACGGUGGUCCUUGCCUUUCUGGCCACAAAGCCAGGGAAGAGAGUGAGGAGGUGGCUGGGGAGGAGUCUGGCCAAUUCCAUCAUCCUUUCUUCUUCCAGUAUCCAGGUGGUCAUCUGCAGCAUCUGGCUGGUGAUCUCUCCCCCAUUUCCUGAUUCUGACGUGCAUUCCCAACUAGGAGAGAUCAUCCUGCAGUGCAACGAAGGGUUUCUUGCCAUGUUUUAUAUUGCUCUUGGCUACAUGGGCUUCCUGGCUUCCAUCUGCUUCAUGGUGGCUUUCCUGGCCAGGAACCUCCCUGGGGCCUUCAAUGAAGCCAAGCUGAUCACCUUCAGCAUGCUGGUCUUCUGCAGUGUCUGGGUGUCCUUUGUACCCUCCUACUUGAGCACCAAAGGGAAGUACAUGGUGGCCGUGCAGAUCUUCUCCAUUUUGGCCUCCAGUGCUGGCCUGCUGGGUUUCAUCUUUUUCCCUAAGUGCUACAUUAUUUUACUAAGACCAGAUCUAAACACCAAGGAGCAGCUAGUUGUGAAAGGCAAGGGUGCGCGGAGGCAGCGGAGCGGGACGGUUGGCUAA